AACACAUUAAUAAACCUGUCGUUGAAUUCAGCUGAUAUCCCCCUGACCUGGCAACCCAAUUUCCUGUGGCUCUCACCCCCAGCGCAUGUUUUAGGCAGCAGGCGGCGGCGUGGUGGUCAGGAGAGAAACACGAAGGCUCUCCACUGUGAGAGUACCUGAGCGAAAAUAAUCUAGCAAAAUGCUCGUGUUAUUUGAGACCGCUGCUGGUUAUGCCAUAUUCAAAGUCCUCGAUGAAUCCAAACUGCAGCAGGUCGACAGUCUGUAUAAGGAGUUUGAAACACCUGAAAAGGCCAAUAAAGUAGUGAAGCUGAAACAUUUCGAGAAGUUUCAGGAUACAACGGAGGCCUUAGCAGCUGCCACCGCCCUUGUGGAGGGAAAAAUUGGCAAGAGUUUGAAAAAAAUCCUCAAGAAAGUUGUUGCCAAGGAAGCUCACGAGCAGCUGGCCAUCAGCGAUGCAAAACUUGGAGGGGUUAUCAAAGACAAACUAGAUCUGACCUGCGUCCACAGCCCGGCUGUGGCUGAGCUGAUGAGAUGCAUCAGGGGUCAGAUGGAGAGCCUCAUUACCGGGCUCCCUCCCAAGGAGAUCAGCGCCAUGUCUCUGGGUCUGGCUCACAGUCUUUCACGCUACAAGCUCAAGUUCAGUCCCGACAAAGUGGAUACGAUGAUCGUGCAGGCCAUCUGUCUCCUUGACGACCUGGACAAGGAGCUGAAUAACUACAUCAUGCGCUGCAGGGAGUGGUACGGCUGGCACUUCCCCGAGCUGGGCAAAGUGGUCACAGACAAUCUGGCUUACUGCAAGACGGUCCGCAAGAUAGGCGACCGCACCAAUGUGGCCACCACCGACCUGUCUGACAUCCUCCCCGAGGAAAUAGAAGCGGAGGUGAAACUGGCGGCUGAAAUCUCCAUGGGAACGGAGGUGUCGGAGCAGGACAUCGGCAACAUAGGGCACCUUUGUGAUCAGGUGAUAGAGAUUUCAGAAUACCGCGCUCAGCUCUAUGACUACCUGAAGAACCGGAUGAUGGCGAUCGCUCCCAACCUGACUGUGAUGGUGGGCGAGCUGGUCGGCGCACGCCUCAUCUCACAUGCUGGAUCCCUCCUAAAUCUGGCAAAGCACCCGGCCUCCACAGUGCAGAUCCUGGGAGCAGAGAAAGCUCUUUUUAGAGCCCUCAAGACCCGCAAGGACACCCCCAAGUACGGUCUCAUUUAUCACGCUUCUUUAGUGGGUCAGACCACCGCCAAGAACAAAGGAAAGAUCUCCAGGAUGCUGGCGGCUAAGGCAGCCCUGGCUAUCCGCUACGACGCCCUCGGAGAGGACACCAACGCGGAAAUGGGAGCAGUGAACCGCGCCAAGCUGGAGGCCCGGCUUCGGCAGCUGGAAGAAAAGGGGAUCCGAAGAAUAAGCGGAACUGGCAAAGCAACGGCAAAGGCGGACAAAUACCAGCACAAGAGUGAAGUGAGAAUCUACGAUCCCUCUGGGGAUUCCACCAUUCCCUCCACGUCCAAGAAGAGAAAGUUUGAGGAGGACGAAGACGAGCCGGCGACGCCUGCAGUGAAAUCCAAAAAACCCAAAAAGGAGCCAGAACCACAAGAAGAAGAGGAAGCAGAAGCAGCAGAGGAGGAAACUCCCAAGAAGAAGAAGAAGAAAAAGAAGGAAAAGAAAGUUGAGGAGGAGGAGGAAGAGGCAAAGGAUGAAGAAGAGGAGGUUCCUGUCACUGAGUCAACAGAAAAGAAGAAAAAGAAGAAGAAGAAGAAAAUCAAAGAGGAAGAGGAUGAGUAAAGAGUUGGGACAGCGUGUGUGUAUAUAUUUUAGUUUUUGUCAAUACAGUUUUGUCAUAUUUUUAUCUUUCUAAAAGACGAGGCUCGACUCGGCUUUUUUUUCUUCUUUUGAUUUAAACAUGUUUUUCAGGAGGAAAAUCAUCAGACCCCAUUUUAUCCAAAUGAGGAGGAAUUUGUUCUUUAUAAGUCUUAUUUUAAUGCCCUGUAAUCAGUUAUCCUAGAAAAAUAUCCUGUCCUGUUUGACAGAUUUUUUUUGUUUUGUUUUUUUGUUUUAAGAUAUCUGUAUCAGACAACAUCAACAAAGAGAAAUGGUUAAUAAAAAAUAUUUCCCUGUCACUUGUAAUUUUUUUUUCUUAACUUUGAGGUGAUACCCAUAGUUAUCUGAAAUGUGCCAUAUUGUACAUUUCUCUUUAAAUAAAAGAAAAAUGGAUGUGAUAAUUUGAUGGUUAAUGCACUGCCUGGA